ACGCCGCGGACGAGAAGAACACGCUCGAAAUGGCGAAAAGAGGCUUGCGAUUUUAAGGUGAUUUUGUCCUACAUAUCAAGCUCAUCACCCUCCAUUUCAACUAUAAAUAGAGAGGCAGCAUCACCAACAAACGGGACCCAGAAAUCAGCAAGAAGAGCACUAGAGAUUCAAUAUUUCUUUCUUAAAUCUUCAUCACUUAGUCUAAAUUUGGAGAAUUAACUCGGAGCUUGUGGCUGGAUGAGGAACAGGGCAGCAGCUGGUUUCUGAAGAAGAACCCGGAACUGGGCUGGUGCAGCACGGCAGCAGUAGUUGUAAAAGUUUUCAGCUUUGUCCUAGGCAUAAGUACACGAAGGUCAAGGUGAAUCGCCAAACUGCUGCAAAAGAUGUCAAUUUGAGAUAUGCACAACGUUUGAGUAGUCAAAGCCUGCAUAGGAUGACUUCGACUUUGCUUCCGAAACAUGUCCUUGCUGUUAUUAAGCAUCAAGGGGAUGUUCAAGUAGCACUAAAGAAUUUCAACUCAGUGAAAAAGGUAGUUGGGUUCAAUCAUAAUUUAUUAACUUAUAAGUGUAUGGUUGAGAAACUUGGUUCUUAUGGAAAGUUUGAGGAAAUGGAAGAAAUUAUUCAAGAAAUGAGAGUCAAUUUAGAUAACAGUUUGCUUGAAGGAGUGUACAUUGCGGCAAUGAGAAAAUAUGGUCGAAAAGGGAAGGUUCAAGAGGCCGUCGAUAUGUUUGAGAGAAUGGAUUUCUACAAUUGCGAGCCAUCUGUCUUGUCGUAUAAUGUGAUAAUGAACAUAUUGGUUGAGUAUGAAUACUUUAAUCAAGCCCAUAAGGUAUAUUUGAGGAUGAAAGAUAAGAGGAUUGUUCCCGAUACGUGCACAUUCACUGUUAGAAUAAAAUCCUUUUGUAAGACAAGUAGGGCUCGUUCUGCCUUAAGGCUUCUUAAUAACAUGCCUUUACAUGGUUGUGAUUUAAAUGAGAUUGCGUAUUGUACUGUGGUAAGUGGUCUCUAUGACGAAAGUUUCAUCUCGGAAGCACGCCAAGUGUUUGAGGAAAUGCUUUGUUCAGGAAUCUGCCCUAGUGUUAUCGUUUUUAAUAAGCUUUUGCACACGCUUGGUAAGAAGGGAUGUGUCCAAGAAAGUGAAAGACUUCUCAAUAAGGUUCUAAAGAAGGGAAUGUCUCCAAAUUUGUUUACUUAUAAUAUGUUUAUUCAAGGCCUUUGUAGAAAAGGUAUGCUUAUUGAAGCUGAUUCGAUGCUACAUGGUAUGAGAAGAGAAGGUGUGGUUCCUGAUGUCAUCACGUAUAACACACUUAUAUCUGGCCUGUGUAAAGGCUUUAAGGUUAUGGAAGCUGAAAGUUACUUGCAUAAAAUGGUAAAUGAGGGGCUUGAGCCUGAUGCUUUUACUUACAAUAUCAUCAUUGACGGAUAUUGCAAGACAGGUGUGGUGCAAAAUGCCAAUAAUAUUCUCAAUACUGCAGUCUAUAGAGGUUUUGUUCCUGAUGAGUUCACAUAUUGCUCCUUCAUUAAUGGCUUGUGUAAGGAAGGUCAUAUAGACAUGGCAUUAAGUAUGUAUCGGGAGUUAGUGGGAAAAGGAAUAAAACCUAGUAUUAUUGUCUACAACACUUUGAUUAAAGGAUUAUCUCUACAAGGACAUAUCUUGCAAGCAUUGGACUUGAUGAAUGAAAUGCCGGGUAAUGGUUGUAGUCCUGAUGUAUGGACAUACAAUCUGAUUAUAAAUGGAUUAUGCAAAAUGGGUUGUGUAAACGAUGCAAAUGUUCUCAUGACUGAUGCCAUGCAUAGAGGAUUUCUUCCUGAUGUUUUCACCUACAAUACACUGAUCGACGGUUACUGUAAAAAAUCAAAAAUGGAAAGUGCGCUUGAGAUUGUUAAUAGUAUGUGGGACUAUGGUGUCAAUCCAGACAUCAUAACAUAUAAUACAAUAUUAAAUGCACUCUGUAAAGCUGCAAAAUUGGAUCAGGUAAUGGGAACUUUCAAGGCUAUGGUGGAAAAAGGGUGUCAUCCCAACAUUAUUACUUAUAAUAUACUCAUCGAAAGCCUAUGCAAAGCUCGUAAAUUAAUUGAAGCCCUAUCUUUGUUGGAGGAAAUUGAACAAAGAGAUCUAACUCCAGAUGUCAUCACAUUUGGCACUCUAAUUAGCGGUUUCUGCAAGAAUGGGGAUGUAGAUGGAGCGUUCCAGCUGUUUAGAAAAAUUGAAACACAUUAUAAGUUUUCUCAUACAACAUCAACCUAUAAUAUUAUGCUCGAUUUCUUUUCUGAGAAGCUCAACAUGGAAAUGGCACAAAAGCUUUACAAAGAGAUGACGAUGAACAAUAAUGGUUGCUCACCUGAUAAUUUCACAUAUUGUGUCAUGAUUGAUGGCUUUUGCAAAACGGACAACAUUGAUUUGGGGUACAAGUUCCUCUUGGAAAAUAUCGAGAAGGGUUUUAUCCCAUCGUUGAUAAGCUUUGGACGGGUAUUAAAUUGUCUGUGCGUGAAGAAUAGAGUAGCUGAUGCUGUGGGUGUAAUACAUUUAAUGGUGAAGAAGGGGAUCGUCCCUGAUUCUGUGCAUACGAUUUUUCAGACAGUAAAGAAGGAGGUUGCUGCACCUAAGAUUGUGGUGGAGGACUUGUUGAAGAAAAGUCAUAUAACUUAUUAUACUUAUGAACUUCUUUAUGAUAAUUUGAAAGACAAGAAGCUACUUAAAAGUCCUAAAAAAGAUCUUAAGCAUGAUAUCUAGCUUUUCUUAGAGAAACAAAAUCUUUGAUGUACAGUUGCUAAGGUUUCUAACUAACCAUGUGUUAGAUUGAGCUAGGAUGUUAUCGGAUCUUUAAUCACUUUAUAGGCUUUUGUACAGUAGACUCAAAGAUUAUUUGUGUAUAUAUAUUUGCUACUUCCAUUGAGUGGCUUACUGAAUGUAGGCAUAUUGCCUCCUUAAGUUGAUUCUUGAUUCUUCUGUUGUGAACCUGAAUAGAAAUUAAAAGUGAUAAGUUAAACACGUGAUCCAUUUUUCUAUGAUUUUGAGGUACUUAAACAAGAACCUGUUGAAGAGUUUGUUGGAGAUAACAUCAUGAGAGGAGUAACUCAUGUACUUUCCAGAUUUAUGAGGAGACUAUGAUGGACCAAAUGUUGGUCCAAA